CACCAUGAAGACGGGAUCGUUAGAGAUCCAAGGUCACCUGGCUGAACAGAAGUGUCAGACAGCGGUGCAGGUGCUGCAGGAGCAGGUACGACUGUGAGAAGAGCAGUGACUCCACCGAGUCUCAGUGACAACAAGCAAAUGGAGAAAAAGCCACUUCAGUUUUGGAAACUAGGUUUGUCCCUGCUGAUUUUAAGCAGCGUUUUAGAGACGUCGAGCAGGUUGGUGGAGGGUUUGGAAUUGACAGGAAGUUAUGACUACACCAAAUAUCACCCCAUGGACGAGAUAUACAAGUGGAUGGAAGAUGUGGAGCGAGCGAACCCCGAGCUGAUCUCCUCCGCUGUGUAUGGAAACACUACUGAGGGAAGAGACAUCACACUGCUGAAGUUGGGACUAAAAACCUCAGCUGUCUCAGAGAAGAAGGUCAUCUGGAUGGACUGUGGUAUCCACGCUCGGGAGUGGAUCGCGCCCGCCUUCUGCCAGUGGUUUGUCAAAGAGAUCGCCAACUCGUACAAAACCGAUAAGAAGCUGCAGCAGAUCCUGCAGAACGUUGACGUCUACGUAACCCCUGUGAUCAAUGUGGACGGAUACGAGUUCACCUGGUCCAAUGAAACCAACCGUCUGUGGAGGAAGUCUCGUUCAGCACCUCCUGCAGGCAACGACUGUUACGGUGUCGACCUCAACCGAAACUUUAAGGCCAACUGGGGAACGGUUGGCGUGUCCUUUGACAGCUGCUCGAGCACGUACUGUGGGACAUCAGCCGGGUCAGAACCAGAGGCUACAGCUGUGAUGGACUUCGUAGGCAGCAUGGCUAACAAGACUCUGUGCUUCCUCACCAUCCACUCUGCUGGGCAGCUUAUACUCUUGCCUUAUGGCCACCCUGAGAUCUCGGCACCCAACUACGAUGAACUGGUUUCAGUCGGUGAGGCAGCAGCGGCAGAAAUGAAAAAGCUGCAUGGGAUGGACUACACUGUAGGGACGUCUCCACAAAUCCUGUAUCCAAACUCAGGCUCGAGCCGUGACUGGGCUCGUCUCAUUGGCAUCCCGUUCUCUUACACCUUUGAGCUGAGAGACAAAGGUGAGUUCAGCCACUUGUUACCAGAGGAUCAGAUCCAGCCGGCCUGCGAGGAGGCCUUCGCUGGAGCGCUCUCCAUCAUCACAUAUGUCCACGACAAGGCCUUCAACAGUGGCGUCCUCCCCAACGCCGCUGUUGCUCUGACAAUCUGGAGCACCGUGAUGGCUGUGUCUCUCAACACAGGUGUGCUGGUGUAAAUAAAUACAAGUUUGUACCACAAAUUAGCUGAUAGAAGAAGACACUGGACAUCUCUACUCGAUUUUGACAUCUAUCUGGACAACAUAUGUUUUUGAGUUUUCAUUAAUCACAUUUAUAACUAUUAAACUGUAUUAUAAAGGCCA